AUGGCGACUGAAAGACCGGCUAACGGCCGACAAAACUCGAUGACAGAGAAUCAUGACGAUAAUAUGAGCGACACGAGUACCCCCGAUCGCGAUCAGGACGAUAGGAAUGACUACGGACAGACCGAAGAAGGCGCUCCCGGCAGAGGCCAGAAUAGCAACGGCGCAACCGGUGCCGCUCAAGGGGAGGAUGAGUCGGAAAAGCCAGCAUGGACAGAAUUGAAGACAAAGGCUGGAAAGGAAAGAAAACGACUGCCACUCGCAUGUAUUGCUUGUCGGAGGAAGAAGAUCCGAUGUUCUGGAGAAAAACCAUCUUGCAAACAUUGCCAAAAGUCGCGCAUUCCUUGCGUGUACAAGGUCACGACGCGCAAGGCACAGCCUCGGACGGAUUACAUGGCGAUGCUGGACAAGCGACUUAAGCGCAUGGAGGAACGUGUCAUCAAGAUCAUACCAGCCGGCGAAACGAGGGACAUGCCUACAAUAGGACGGAGUCAGGUUAAACCCACCCCCCCAGGCCAGACCUCAAAGCAGCCAAAGGCCGCCCAACAAAAGAAGCGCACGGCGGAUGAAGCUUUUGCAUCGAAGCUUGAUGCUUGGGUAAACCCUAAGCAAGCUUCUGCCGCUGACCACCUUUUCCCGAUGACUCGAGAAGCAAAGUCUCACGAAGGUACUGAGCUGUUGACUGAAGGCGCCGAAUUUCUUCCUCCGAUGGAAAUACAAGAACAUUUAUCCGAAGUUUUCUUUGACUGCGUAUAUGGCCAAUCGUAUCUCCUGCUACAUCGAUCAAGCUUUAUGCGACGCUUGCGAGCGGGCACGGUUCCUCCCGUUUUAAUUUUAGCUGUUUGUGCUGUGUCUGCUCGAUUCUCAACCCACCCGCAAAUCAACACAGAGCCGGCCUUUCUCAGAGGUGAAAACUGGGCUAGACCGGCAGCUAGAAUAGCUCUGAGUCGUCAUGAUGAGCCCAAUAUUACCAUUCUGACCGUAUUCCUUCUUCUCGGCCUUCAUGAGUUCGGUACGUGCCAUGGCGGACGAAGUUGGUCUUUCGGAGGGCAAGCCUUGAGGAUGGCAUACGCUUUGCAAUUACAUCAAGAAGUCGAUCAUGAUCAUCUUGGCAAAAAGAGCAAAUUGUCAGACCUAAGUUUUACGGAUAGAGAAAUUCGAAGACGCACGAUGUGGGCAUCCUUCUUGAUGGACAGGUACAAUUCUUCCGGAAGCCAGCGCCCGCCUAUCGGCAAUGAGAAAUUCAUACAGAUUCAGCUCCCAGUGAAGGAGUCUCACUUUUUAAUGGAGAUUCCUGGCCCGACUGAGGAUUUGUAUGGGGACGUACCCAACCCAGUUCCAAGGGGCCAAGGCCAGGUUUCUGAUCCAAGAGCAAAUAUGGGUGUUUCUGCAUACAUAAUCCGUGCGAUUGUUGUGUGGGGUCAUAUUGUCGAUUAUCUGAAUCUUGGAGGAAAGAAAAAGGAACUCGUUCCUUUAUGGGAUCCGAACUCAGGAUAUACAAGGCUCAGGCAAGAAAUUGACAAUUUUGCUUCAUCUCUACCGAGCUCGCUUGUAUUCAACCCUGAGAACUUGCAGAUCCAUGCUGCGGAGAGGAUCGCCAACCAGUUCAUCUUCCUCCAUAUUAUCAUACAUCAAAAUAUGCUCUUUCUCAACCAAUUCGCCAUUCCCUUGACACCGGGAGGUAGGCCACCAAAGGGUAUGCCAAAGUCGUUUUUGAGUGAUGCAGGUCGAGCCGCUGUAGAGGCAGCGCAUCAUAUUUCCAUGCUGAUAGAUCAGGCAAGCGGCUACUCUUUGACGGUGCCAUUUGCGGGAUAUUGUGCUUACUCGGCUAGCACAGUGCACAUAUGGGGAAUCUUCUCCAAGAAUGCGCAACUAGAAGCACGAUCAAAGGAAAAUUUGAGACACACAUACCGCUAUCUCAAUAAAAUGAAAAGAUAUUGGGGCAUGUUCCACUACAUGGUGGAAAGUGCCAAAGAUCGAUAUCGCCAGUUCGCGGACGCAGCUAUUCGAGGGCUGCCUGCACAGCAGAAUGCGACGGAGGAGGCACCCUCGAUGUUUCAAUAUGGAGACUGGUUUGACAAAUAUCCACACGGCGUGUCUAGUAUGCACUGGGAGGGUCCAGAAGCCGACAAGAGGAGAGAAAUCGGCGACGAUGCAGUCAUGGGACAGCGACCUGAUCUGCAGAGUGUGGAGGAUUUCUUUGCCAGCCUGUCUCCCAGCCAGUCGACCACUGAGCCGCGAAAACAUCAGAGACUAGCAAGGAGGAGCUCGAAGCAAGUCUCAGCUCAGGCACCGUCGCAGCCAUCUGCGGACAUCAAUCAGCAAUCCAUGACCUCCAGGCAACCACAGCAGCAGCAACAGCAGUUAUCGCCUCUUGAUAGUGCUGCUCCUAUAGGAAGCACACCAACCACGGUCAUGGAUACUGAGCCCACAUACCCCGACUUCAACAGCCAGAACCUGUUUGCAGCCCCUCCUCAAAACUUUGGUCUACCAGACUUUGACUAUGGCAUGAUGCCGGACUUCCUGCCACAACUCGACAGACACUUCGUUCAUGGCGCCUAUACAGGCACAGACUUAUCUAGUCUCGCCUCGGGCGAACUCAACUUCUUGGGAGCCCAGAACGACACCAACCAACUCGGCAACAACAUUCCCGAAAACAACAAUAAUAACAACGCGACCAACAAUAAUAGUGUAUCAACAGCGAUAUGGACAGAUGCCUUUACGCCGUCAGGGACAGGCGAGUUUCAUCAACCAAGUGCAUGGUUUCUACCUUUUAAUCUUGAUCCUUUUUCGACGGGUAUGCUGGGCGAUAGUACUGCCAGUGCAGCAGAAGUGGGACAUGCCGAUAUUUCUGGUGCGAGUAAUGCCGCUGAGAGCAUGAAUGGUGCCAAUGAUUUAUCGUAUGGGUUUACUUAG